AUGUCCGACAAGCAGGGCCAAGGGCAUCUCGGUGUGGGAAAGCCCUCUGUCGCCGACGAAAAGGGCGGCACAUCGGGAGGCGGCGUGAGCGGCGACGAUGGUGAUGCGAGAGCUUCCCGCGACAGAGAGGACGGGAGGCCUGCCUGUCUGCCCUUGCCAUCCCCUCCGAGGCUGCCAUCCAAGAGGACGCUGACAGACAGCGUGAUGGACAGCACGGUGGCGAGGUUCGAGGCCUCUUGUAAGCUCACCGAGCAGGGCACAGCGGCGGCGCCCUCGGCGGCGCGGACGGCCUUGGCGACGGUGUCGUCGGCAGCAAACACCGUCCGGACUCCGUCCUGGGAUAAGAACGCAACCCCUGCUCACUUGGAGGCGAGGGAGCGCACGGCUCAGGCCUGGAUAGAAGCCGUGUCGGGGAGAGCCUGCGUGGAGUACCAGACCAAGCAAUUCGCUAGAAACCUAAUGAGUGGUGAAAUCCUCUGUGCCUUGGUCAACGCCAUCCGCCCGGGAACGAUCCCCCACGUGCACGAGAGCCAGCUAGGGUUCGAGCAGAUGGAGAACAUCAACAGCUUCCUCUCGGCGUGCUGCAAGCUCGGGGUACAGGCCCACGCCCUCGUCGACACCGCCGACGUGUUCGAGAUGAGGGACACCGCCAAGGUCGUGGAGUGCGUGCACGCUCUCGGGAGCGCGGUGCAGGUGUCCUGCCCGGAGUUCGGCGGCCCCCACCUCGGCCCCGCCGCCGAUCCCACAUUGGUCGCCGCUGUCCCUCCCGCGGACGAAGACGAAGGCGAUGACGGCGGUGACGGCGACGGCAAGGACAACGCUGUUGCUGACGACGAUGACGAUGAAGAUGGGGCCUUUGGCGACUUUUGGCGAGCUUCCGUGAGGACCGGUGGAAACGCACCCCGCGAAGGCGGCGGCGGUCGUGACGGGGACGUUGCCGGCGACAACACGCUCGUGCUCAAUAUGCAGGAUGUGGAACGUCCCCGUUCGACCCGACGAGGCUUCACGACAACGGUGGGGAGCAUCACGGACCUGGACCCACCGGCCACGCUGUCAGCUCGGGCGCGCCAGAUGUGUCCCACGGAGAUGGUCAACUCCCCGCGAGCAUUGGUGUUCAACGCUGAUCCUGUCGGCCACCCGACUCGAUCCCCGACGUUACGGGCGGCGUGGGAGUCGAACGCGACCAACGGAGGGCGUGCCGCCGCCGGCCGCAGCGCUUGGGGCACCGACGCGUACCCGGCCAAGCGGGCUGCAAAGGCCACUUCCAACCUAUCGGCGACCUCCUCACGCGGCAUGACGCUCUCGCCGGCAGGGAUAUGGGGAACAGGCGCGGGAACGGCACCGAGAGAAGGAAUAGGCAAGAGCGCCAGCCCAGCGGCGGCCAGCGCAAAUUCGGCCACUGCCGCCGCCGUCGCCGCCUCACACACCGGAAGCGAGGACCCCGAAGGCACCGAAGAGGGCGCGGAGGAAACGGGGGGGGGGGGAGGGGGGAGGCGCUAG